AUGUACAAUAGAGAUCAAGACACCAUCAUUAUUUCAGCUCGCUCGUACGAUAAGGGCUGGGACUUCUUAAAAGCCCUAAUGGAAGGUGAUCCCUACGCACCUUACGGAAGAAUUGAAAGUCAGCCACUAGACCUUCCUGACGACUGGAAGCUGCCAUCCCAGCCCUUCGCUCGGUUUUGUUCCACUCAACUUUACUUAAUCACUCUCGGAAAGCCUGAUCUCGAGGAAUUGUGGCGGGAUGUGAGCCAAUGGAACGGCGUGAAUAAGCGUGUCAUAUGUUCAGGUCCUGAUUUAUUCAUUGCGAGUUCAUUGUUAAUCCCCAUUCUGUCUAGCAAGACUAACACCUCCACUUUUUACGUAGAUGUUCCUCAUCGCCCUCGUGGAGAAAACUACGAAGCCCUGAUGAAUCUCUCGGCAUCUUUCCUCCUUGUUUAUGUGCUGUGCCAAUGGUUAUCCCCGCAUGUACGGCUAUUGUAUGGCAUUUCGACAGUCUGCGAUAUUCCGGAACCCGGGCAAGAUGGAGGUCUUGAUUUGUCUCGCUCUCUCUCGCACGGCAGAGUUUUCACUCGCUUUAUCUUUGGGAUUUCUGGCGAAGGGUGGUUUUAUAUUGUUUACAGGGGUGGACUACUGGAUGUCUUUUGCGGAGGCUUGUACAUUCGGCCUUCUUUUGGACGCUGUCUUGAAGAGGAAUGUGCAGACAGUGAUCUGGCGCGGUGUAUUGGCUUUCUUUCUGUUGUUUGGCGUCGCCUUGGGUUACUUACAAACAAAUUGUGAAAGCCAUUAGUCUAUCUUUUGGUGGCGCCGCAAGUGUAUAUUUCCAUUUUCCCCAUGUAACUGUCGCAUCACUAUAUGUGUAUCCUUUUUGCGUGCAUU